UCCUGAGAAAGCCCCAAGCACCGCCAGGGGGCGCUCUGGGCUUCAGUCACUGCUUUCAUUUAUGUGUCCUAAGAAGCUGGGGAUGGACAGCUGUGGCAGGAGCCAGAGAAGAGUCCUCCCAGAAUCCGCAAGCAGGGCGCAGCAGACAUUGCCGCCUCGCCUGUCCAGAGUGAACGGCUGGUCGAAGCCUCUCCACGGAUACCAGGCAGUAUCCUGGGCCAUGUUUGUGACCUUGGCCUUAGCCAUGUUUGGCAUUUUUAUUCCCAUGCUGCCUGGCAUGUGGAAGAACAUUGUCUAUGGAGUGAGCGGCGGGAUGUUAUUGUUCCAUGUUAUAGUGUACCUCGUCUGUGUCUCCAUCGACCCGGGAGAGGAUAAUGUGAGAAGGAAGAAGAUUUACAGUGAACCAGUGCCCACGUUCGACAGAUCCAAACACCUCCAUGUUAUAGAAGAUCUGUAUUGCUGCCUAUGUAGGGUCACCGUGAGCGAGAAAGCCAAACAUUGCCGGGCCUGCAACAAAUGCAUCGCUGGCUUUGACCAUCACUGCAAAUGGCUCAACAACUGUAUUGGGAGCAGGAAUUACUGGUGGUUCUUCAGCUCCUUAACAUCCGCAUUGGCCUGGCUGCUUUGUGUUGUUUCCAUCUUGUUAUAUAUUGUUAUCCAGCAUCAUGUCGACCCACGUGUGCUCCGCACGGAUCCCCACUACCAAAACAUCACCAGUCAGGACACAUGGCUUCUUUUCCUGCCAUAUUUCCACCUAAAGGCAAAGACCCCAGUGUUUGUGACAAUCGCGGUGUUGGUGCUGGUGUUGGACCUCAUCAGCCUCCUGAUGAUCGGGCAACUGUUCAUCUUCCAUCUUUACCUAAGUACGCUCCACCCGAACCCCCCGCCCCAGCCCCGGUCCAGGUUGGCCAGUUCUUUCCCCUCAUGUUCAUAUGUGACCUGAGGCGGGUGGCCGCUCCACUGGCCAGAAACAAGCUUCGUGCUCAAAGGGCAAGCCCUCAACUGAG